UGUAAUAAUCAUGUCUGUUGCUCUCAUUUGGAAUAAAGAAUCAAUCUAACAUAAAAAAAAAAAUACACAAGGAAGUCACAGGAGAGGAUAUAUAUAUGAAACAACUGUGACAUGUACAGUGCAUGAGAAAAAAAUGAGACUUUACGGGAUUCGUUGUUUUGUGAUUUUUGAGUUAUCGAGCCUCUUACAAGCAAAAGAUACAUGUGGCAGCAUAUCAGACGAAAUACAAUGCUGUGAAGGAUACAUGCUAAACAUCUCUACUGGAAAUUGUACAAAAUGCAGACCUGGACUCUUUGGUACAAAUUGUUCACAGAUCUGUGAAUAUCCAACAUUUGGCAAGGAAUGCAGUGGCAACUGUUCCGGCUGUCCACGUGAACUGUGCCAUCAUGAGGCUGGAUGUCGAGAAUGUAGACCUGGGCACAAAGAAUCUGAAUAAGUCAGGGUCAGUUCUGGGACCAGGACUUUAUGCAAUGUUUGCAAAACCGAUUGGUGAAAUCUGCCGCAGACAUCAUAUCAUGUAUCAUUGCUAUGCUGACGAUACCCAGGCAUACUUAGUUUUUAAACCUACAGAUACAUGGAAUGCUAUCACAUCGCGGCUACAUGAAUGCUUAGCAGAUAUAAAGUCUUGGAUGAACGUCAACCUGCUGAAAUUAAACGAAGAAAAAACUGAAUUUAUAGUGUUUACUUUGAAACAUUCAAACGUUUCACCAUCUUUUCAACUGUCUUUUGGAAAUACCAUUGUUUCCAACUCGGACUGUGUUCGAAACCUUGGUGCUUUCUUCGACAGUGUACUUUCUUUUAAAAAUCAUAUUAGUUACAUCUCUCGUUCUUGUUAUUAUCAUCUACGGAAUAUUGCACGGAUUCGUUCUUUCAUCAAUGAUGACGCCUGCAAGACACUUGUAUGUUCUCUUGUGUUAUCACGCUUAGACUAUGAAAAUGCACUAUUUAAAGGGCUACCCCAAACAGAUCUGAGCAGGCUACAGAGAAUCCAAAACUCAGCAGAUCGACUUGUUGCCCGGGUCAGGAAGCAUGACCAUAUAUCACCGGUGCUUGUGUCCUUGCACUGGCUUCCAGUUAAUUCCCGUGUUGAAUACAAGAAUUUACUACACAUACAAGGCACUAAACGGAUUGGCACCGGCCUAUAUCAGCGACCUCAUCACUGUGUACGAACCAAAACGAUCUCUGCGUUCAUGCAAUUCACGAUUGCUAGAAAAACCCCGCGUUCGUACAAAGACCUAUGGAGAUCGAAGGUUUGAUGUAACAGCUGCCACACUAUAGAACAGUUUACCGAUAGACAUCCGUUCGUGUGGCACUGUCAAAAGUUUUAAGACAAACCUCAAAACAUAUCUUUUUAGGAAAUCUCAUAACCAUAUUUUGUAAUAUAUUCUUUUUCAAAGUAAAGGCUGGUUUGUCGCAUGAACUCGUAAUGUUCAAAUUGUUUAAUUUUAUU